AUGACACAAAGUCCACCAUUUGUCAUAACACAUUCCACUUCAGAAGAUGAUAUCGAUACAGUAUUUUCUAUCACGUUUUUCUCUAUACCAUUUCCAAGUGAUCCAAAGUGGUACUAUAACAAUGAACAAGUUACUUUAGGAACUAAAUUUCUACAAGUAACAACAUAUUCAAUUGUACAAAUCAGACAACAUCGUGUUUUAGUAAAGGUAGAAGGUUUCGUAAGCAACUUAACUGUACACAAAGCUGAGUAUGGACUGUAUAAAUGCGUGAUUCGAAACAGUUUUGGAGAGGUCAACCAGAUAUUUCUUAUUGAACAAGAAAUAAAUACAGAAGCCAAUACGUCAGCAGCUUCUACAGGAGACAGUGUGACAGUGAUUAUUGCCAUAUGUUCAUCAGUAGUUGGGAUAGCCAUAGUGGUUAUUUGCACCAUUGUUGUUAUCAGAAGAAGUUCGUCGCAAAAGUCAGACAGAUAUAAUUCUACAAUGCCAACAAGAAAUGAAGAUAGCACUUAUGACACAAUAAGUAUGUCUACUCGAUCAAACAGACCAGAACAGCAAGCAGAUUAUAUUGAAGUGUAUUAACUACUGAACAUUGUAAUAUGUGCCAUAUAUAUUGUGUGGUUUGAACGCCAUUUUAUUUAACUCAGCAAUUGAGUACGUAUGUUCUA